GACAUUGAUACAACGUAACACGGAGUAGAAAUUCAUGUUAUCUUUAAGUGCAACGCCGAUAAGAUUCCUGUACAGUAUUUUAAGCCAUGACAUAUUAAAAAUGUCGGAUUUGACCCGGACCUGAUAUCAGACAUAUAGGGUGAAUACAUAUUGGUGGUCGGGAAGGAAAUGUUUUUUACCUUGGUUUCUCUUUGGUCAUGUGAUGACAAUAAUGUUGGGAAUAUACAGGAUUUUACUUUCAGCAGCCUUAAUAAACGUCAAGGUUGUGACGUCACUUAUUAACUGGGACGCUGCAUGCGGAAAUACAAAAGGAUGUUUUCCUAAUUGUCCGAAUGGUUGCGGGUACCUAGUCACGUGGCAAACUUCUGCUUCCAGUAUUCAGUUUACACUGCAAGUGGAAGAGACGGGAACCAGCGUGUAUGUAGCUAUAGGGUUCUCCAAUGACUAUCGUAUGGGAGAAGAUAGCGUUGUCGGAUGUGUGAUGCCAAGUUCUACGGUCUCCUCCUAUUACAACAAGGACACCAACACUGAACUCCUAUCUUCACCCAGCUUAGGUUUAAGUGGCGCAUCUGUAAACCAGUCAAACGGUGUGAUCACGUGUUCAUUCACGAGGAAGCUCAGUGCAGCAGACACCAACUUUUUCGACCUGAACAAUGAUUACAUUUUAAUGCUUGUAGUUGGGAAGGUAAAGCAGAAAAAAGGCAAAACUGAACUGGACAAGCAUGAGAAAAUACCUUGGAGUAGCGAUGGUUUGGUGGACUUUAACAGACAUUAUAUUGUGAACUUACACAAACUUAACACGCCCAUCAUCAAGUUGCACGGUACAGUGAUGGUUCUUGCUUGGUUGCUAUUGGUAACGGUUGGCAUAGUGACAGCAAGAUACAACAAAAAUAUGCUUGAAGAGAAAAAACUUUUCGGGAUGAAAAUUUGGUUUCAGGUCCACCGAGGAGCCAUGAUAGUGGCACUAAUGUUAGUUGUAGUUGGGUUUAUAUCAAUAUUUGUAGAAAUAGACGGAUACAGUCAGGUUGUUUCCACGGACGCGGCGUCAGCUGUGCAGGCACAUCCUGUCCUCGGGAUAAUUGCCACCGUUUUGAUGGUUCUUAACCCAAUAAUGGCAUUGUUCCGGCCAGACAGUGAUCACAAAUUUCGAUGGAUUUUUUACUGGGCUCAUUUAUUUGUAGGGGCAAUUGGUCUUCUUUUAGCAGUUGUGAACAUAUUUCUUGGUUAUUAUCUCGAGCGUUCUAUGGUGCCGAACAGCGCCACCUAUGUAACAAUUGUGCACGUGGUCAUAGUAAUUAUCGUCUGCUGUGGCCUGGAAAUUCUCAACAGAAUAUCAAACGGUGAGACUGGAUUAUCUUUAAAUAUGUAA